AUGGAAAAGAUGGACACCCUGGAGGUCCCUCCUCUCACCCCGACCAGUAAGGAGGUCCUCAACCAAGCGGUGAAGGCCAGUUUCACUGGAUUUGCCCAGGAGAGAAUCAACCAUCUCUUCCCACAGGAUCCUACCUUGUGGUCUGAAUGGGAGGUGAACUACUGGCUGGACUGGUGUCAGGCUGAGUUCGGUCUCCAUUGCCUAGGGUCAGAUCUGAGAGGCCUGCAGGGAAGCGAGCUGUGUGGCCUGGAACGAGAGGCUUUCCUGGGCCUGAUGUCUGACUGCAUCGCAGGAGAGAUCCUGUGGGAGCAUCUGGAGACCAUGAGGAGAGAGAAUGAAUAUGACUGCAGUUCUUCAUUACCCACAUGCACGAUACCAUCUUACUGCCAGCUUCAAAUCAACAAAGAAAACUACUAUGUUCAGGAGCAUUCAGACAAACACAAUUAUCAUGUUCAGUACCAUCCAAGUGAGAGGACAGAGCUCCACACUCUGCACCCUGUCCCUGUACAACGUGUAGACUACUAUCUGAUAAAAACAGAAGAUCCCAGCAGGAGCAUGACCGCUGUUGCUCUGCUGCAUGAAACACAAGGGGCUGGAGACUCAGAAGUGGAGAUUGCUCACAGUGACGACUCUGACUUUGUGGGCUCUCUAUCUUGGACUGCUCCUCUCCAUGAUAUAAAGCCAUUGAUGGAACAGACCGUGUCUGAAGAUAUCUUCACUUUACCACACUCACACAGAAGCUUCAAAGAAUAUGUAGACAACAAAACAGAUGUGGGCACGGCCGUGAUACCCGCAGUGAUCCUUGCCGGUUUCACUGGAAGUGGUCCCAUCCAGCUGUGGCAGUUUCUGUUGGAGCUUCUCACAGACUGCAGCUGUCAGUCAUGUAUCAGCUGGACAGGAGAUGGGUGGGAGUUCAAGCUGACGGACCCUGAUGAGGUGGCCCUGCUGUGGGGUAAGAGGAAGAACAAACCCAAGAUGAACUAUGAGAAGCUCAGUCGAGGCCUACGAUACUACUACGACAAGAACAUCAUCCGCAAGACAGCUGGCAAACGCUACGUCUACCGCUUUGUCUGCAACCUGCAAGGCCUGCUGGGAUAUGAGCCUGGGGAGCUGCACGCCAUGUUGGACAUCAGUAACAAGAACCAGUAAUGACCUCAACAAACACUCGCAACAAGGAGCAGUUACAUUUUUUAUAUGGGAUACUUCAGUUUAUAACCUUUUAUCAGUAAUUAUUAUAACUUUAUGAUUGAUGAUGAAGUUUGUUAUUUAUGAGAACUGACCAUCUGAGGCUCAGAGGGUGAUACACACAGUGUGUGUGUGUGUGUGUGUGUGUGUGUGUGUGUG